UUAUUUUAAAAACAAGGUAAACGUCAACAAAACAACAAACACGAACGAAGUGACUGCAGUGAGUUCAAAGAAUGUAGCACCUGCUACUAGGGGAAGGUGUGCGCGCGUGUGCGUGCGCGUGUGGUUUCACUUCAUCGAACAACAUGGAACGGUCGCGUCUUCCGUUACUACUCUGCCUGAGUGUGGCGCUCUGCUGUAGACCCUCUGCAGCUCAUCUCUCUGUGCGUCCUGUCAGCUCCCAGUUCUUCAGCGGGACGCCCGUGUCUCUGAGCUGCUGGGACAACGGCGCCCCCUCCGGACAGACACUGAGGAGGAACACGAGCCUGGACGUGAGGACGCCGUGUGACCACUGGGGACAAACGCAUGUCUCCUUCUGUGUCUUCAGCUUCACCGUCCCAUUGGACAGCGGUGUUUACUGGUGUGAGUCCAGAGACGAAGUAGCCGGUGACGUCAUCAACAUCACUGUGACAGAUGCACCAGUGAUCCUGCAGAGCCCCGCCCUCCCUGUGACAGAGGGACAAAAUGUCACUUUGACCUGCAAAACCAAAGCCCCGCCCUCAGACCUCCCCGCCACCUUCUACAAAGAUGGCUCCCUCGUCGGGACUGAGCCAACUCGUCACAUGACCAUCCAACGUGUCUCCAAGUCCAACGAAGGCACCUACAGGUGUGACAUCAGCGGCAUGGGCGAGUCUCCGUCCAGCUGGAUCAGGGUCACAGGUUACAGUCCAGGUGAACCUACAGCCAGGCCGCCGCCCCCUGACUCCACACACAUGCAGCUCCUGUUCAGAUUAAUCUGCCACCUGGUGGUGUUCUGUCCAUACUGCAUCUCCACCGCCCUCCUUGUGUUGCUGUAUCAACACAGAGCAAGAGGAGGUAACCGGUCCGUCUCCAUGGCAACAGACUCAACCAACCAAGCAGAGAAGGGAUUAGCUGCUGAGUAUGAUGUCGGGACAGUGGGCGUGUCCUGAUUCCUGUUUCCAGGUGUAAAUCAUGGUGUGUUCCUGUUGAAGUCAGAAGUUGCUAUGUCCGAGUUGAGGGGGCGACCUCACCCACCCCGACAUGAGAUUCCUACUUGCACUGUCAAUCGCACUUCUAUCAUAUUUGCUUCACAAUAAAUCGACAUGUUGCUUUGCUGUUUGUGUAUGCAGAACACUGUGAAGAGCUGUUUUUAUCAUGUGAUGUUGCUAACAAUGGCUAGCGUGAGACAAGUUUGUGUCCAUGUAUUUUUUUAUUCCCCCCAACUUCUUGGGACUCGCAGGUGACAUCGCGCCCAGUUCCAACAUCCAAUGUUGAUGGAGCGCAGCAUGAAGUCGGCCAUGUUGCCACUCUGCUGCUGUGAACGGCUGAAUUGUGAGGAUUUGACGUCUGUUAAUUUGUCAUAAUUUGUCAAAAUAAAAGCCCCACAUGUAAAUGCCAGAAUCAGAUGACAUCAGUAAGACAGAAAUCAUAUGCUCACUGACUUCACCAGUUAGCAUAAUUCUUUUAAUAAGAUACGAUAUAUAUAAGAUAUGUGUAUAUGUAUGCAUAAAUCACAAUCUUGCCUUUAAAACUUUGUAAAUAAGGCAAGCAGGCUUAAAAUGUAUGGAAUGGAAUUUAAUAUGAAUGGAAUGUAAAUGUGAAAUAAACCAUUGAUUAUAAACUA